AAGUUUUGGUGAUUACUAAUUGUCAUAACGGUCCAGUUGAGUGAUCAAGAAAUGACAGACAUGCAUUUAGUUUACGGAAUGGCUCUAGGAAGACCCGCAAGUGUAAGAACCAUCCAAAUCGAAGAAGCUGUACUUAAUAAAAUCGAAGAGGACCCCACAACAAGUACAGGAAAAAUUGCGCACCAGCUAAAUUUGAAUCAUAUGGCAAAUUUUGAAAGAUCAGCAACUUUGUCCAUAUCAGAUACAAUGUGUGCAAGCGCAUUUGCUUUGAGAUUUGCCUAUAAGAGUUGAUUUUUGCAACUGGUUACGUGAAAAAGUAAC